AUUUAAUCGCACGCCACUCCAUACACAACAAACAACUCUUCCUCUUCCUUCAAACCUCAACAACAACAUCUCCAUAAUCUCUCUCAAAAUCUCACACAAAACAACAAAAUUGAGAUUGGUCAAAUUAACGUUAAUAGAAGCGUGUGCCCCACGCUACAAUACAAAUCAACGCCAUAACAUACCAGAUCGUUGAAUUCAUAAAUGAAUAAUAACAAUAAUAAUAACAAUAACAAUAUGAACGAGUUGACUCAGGGAAGCGAGAUGUACUCGCCGAUAACUCACCAAGCAUGGGGGGCACUGUUGAAUCUAUUAGGUUUUUUCUACCAGUUUUUUUCUCAGAUUAUUGGAACCUUCACGCAUUUCCCUUUACUCUCUUUCUCUUCUCAUAAAUCAUUCAAAUCUCUACCCAAUCUUGACCAUGAUUCCGCCCUUCCAAUCACCUCCGACGCCGAUCACCCUCUCCAGAAGCUCACGGUAGUGCUUGACUUGGAUGAAACACUGAUAUGUUCAUAUGAGACAUCAAGUUUGCCAGAUACAUUGAAAACUCAAGCAAUUCAAGCUGGUUUGAAUUGGUUUGAACUCGAAUGUGUAUGCGCUAACAAGGAAGCUGAUGGAAAACCAAAAAUCAAUUAUGUCACCGUCUUCGAACGCCCUGGGUUGAAAGAAUUCCUAAAGCAACUAAGCGAAUUCGCUGACCUGGUUCUGUUUACUGCUGGUCUUGAAGGUUAUGCUAAACCACUUGUUGACAGAAUAGACACAGAAAAUCGAUUUAGUCUACGACUCUAUCGGCCCUCAACGGUCAACACUGAAAAUCGGGAACAUGUGAAAGAUCUUACGUGCAUAUCAACGGAUCUAAGUCACAUUGUUAUUGUAGACAACAAUCCUUUCAGCUUUUUAAUGCAGCCAGACAAUGGAAUUCCAUGCGUACCAUUCUCUGCAGGGCAACCAAAUGAUACACAGCUUUUAGAUGUCAUUCUUCCACUUCUCAAACACCUCUCUGACCAGAAAGAUGUUAGACAUGUGCUCCAUGAUGCCUUCCGUAUGCCUGAAUGGUUCCAACAACAUGGAUUCCCAGUUCCCAGUUAACAUCAUUGGAAGUUUUUUCUAUUACACUCUUGUUGAGUUUGUCUUAAGAAUAGCUAGCUGAUCAUUCAACACCAUAGAUUUAAAUGUGUAUUGUCAAUUUGUUCCUGGAGCAUCCAUAGAUUUCAAAUGCUGCUUCUUGAAUCAAAUCAACUCCUCAUUUAUACAUGUAGAUCACUAGAAUUUUGUUUCUUGUUUACAAAUUUAGUACCUCAAAUACAAACUUUUUGUUAUGCUUUUGUUUUUCUCAUUUAUUAAUGUCUUUUAGCUUUA